GCGACCCCAACCCCCCCCUGAGCUGUGACUUCGAGGGGGGGGACGCGUGUGGGUGGAGCAACGCGCCCUCCAACCACUUUGACUGGGAGCUCAUCUCGCCCCCCUCCCUCCGCCUCUUCGGGGGGGGCAGCGCUCCCCCCGCCGACCACACCCUGGGCUCCGAACUAGGUCACUUCAUCAUGGCAUCAGCGUCAGCAUCAGCCGCGGCGGGGGAGGGGGGGGAGGAGGAGGAGGAGGAGGGGCCACGCUCCCUCCUCUUCUCUCCAGUCUUUCCUCCGGCCCCAAAAAAUACCUCCUGUUUCUCAUUCUACUACCACGUGUAUGGGAGGGGCUCAGGCGAACUUCGAGUCUACUUGAAGCCGGAGGGAGCCAGCAUAGAGUUUGUGUCCCCAGUCUUUCAAACCAACAGCCAGAACCACGCUGCCUGGGUACACGGGAACCUGACCUUUACGGGAGUGACCCAGCCCUUCCAGAUCGUCUUCGAAUCCGAGCAGAAAGGACUUUUUUAUAGCGACGUCGCAAUUGAUGACGUAGCGAUUGCUUACGAUGAGAACUGCACCACUACUACUACUACUACUACUACUACUACUACUACUAUUACUACUGCUACUUAUUAUGUGGAUGAUUAUAACUCCACACUCAACUCAACUUUGGAUUAUGGCGAAGAGGAAGUGGAGGAGGAGGGCAAGGAAGAGGAAGAGGAGAAGGAGGGAGAGGAAGAGGAAGAGAAAGACUUGACCACCACAAAUACUACUUCUACUACUACUACUACUACUAUUCCUACUACUACUACUACUACUGCUUCUACUACAAAUUUCCCAGCUUCUACACUUAAUGAUUCUCCUACUACUAUUACUACUACUAAUGCUACUACUACUGAUAUGGCUACUACUACUACUACUACUACUACUUCUACUGCUACUACUAUUACUACAGGUUACCCUCCCUCCCCUCCUACACUCCCCCCCACCUCCCCUACUACCACUACUACUAUUACUACUACACCAACUACUACUACUACACCAGCUACUAUUACUACUACACCCCCUGAUACUACUACUACUAAUGCUGUGACUACUACUACUACUAACUUAUCUUCCUCUUCUUCUAUCUCUAUUUUCCCUCCACCUUCUACUACUACUACUACCAUUCCUACUACUACUACUACUAUUCCUACUGCUACUAAUCCUACUACUACUACUUCUACUACUACUAUUCUUCCUCCUCCUACUACUACUACUACUACUACUUCUACUAUUCCUCCUCCUCCUCCUCCUACUACUACUACUACUACCACUACUACCCCAUCCACCACUACUACUACUACUACUCCUACUACUACUACCACUACUACUUCUACUACUACAACAACCAAGCCCUCAACACCACCACCCACCACCACCACACCACCACACUGGAGUCCAUCGUACACACUAUCCCGGACCGCCACCACCACCACCCACACCAUCAACACCACCACCAACAACAACACCACCGUCCUAAACGUCCCUAACCCCAGUCCCACCACCUCCACGCUAACCGCAGUGGUGGUGGCGGUGACGGUGUGUGGUGGUGUGGCGGCGGCGGUGGUGCUGGCGGCAUGGCGGCUACACGUAAGAAGGAAAGAAGAGGAAGAGUCAUCAGACCUCCAUUACCUUGCUACCGACGAAGUACAGAUGGCCGACUCACUUGCGGUUAUUUACGGGGAUAGAACCAGCGCUCAGGACCUCCCUCAGGACCAGCCUCAGUGCCAGGGUCAGAACCGGCGUCCUACUGCUGUCUGAGGGUGGCCGGGGCGUCCUGUCAGCCUCCUGCAGGAUCGGGAGGUGGAAUUCCUACUCGAAGCUGACUAGGCCAUGCCCCGCCGCGGACAUGUAAACAGAUUAUCGUACUCGAAGCAGCAUAUUUACCAGCUUCUCACCCCUUAAAUAUCACUGGUAAACAAUAAUAAUUAACCAUUUCAACAAUAAAAACAUAAUAGGACAGUUUUUUGGGCACAGAAGACAGUUUUGGGGUUGGAAAUAGGGAAAUAUGAAAACUGAGUACGACAAUCUAACAACGCUGUAUGAUGAUGUAAACAAAUCCACCUUUUUAACGGCUCACUAACAGGUUCAUGUGAAUUUUAUGUUAUUUCUCUUAUUUCUGUAAUUUUUUUAUCGCUUACACUAGCAAUAUGUUAGUAAAGAUGAACCAAAUAUCUUCUUUUCUCUCCCAUUCUUCUCUCCUAGUCCACUUUUAUCCUCCAUAUUUCUCUCUUUCUCUCUUCUAAUGUUAUUUCUCGGUUAUGUUUUGCUGUAACUGCAGAGAAAUACAAUAAAAUGUGUGCUUGUAUGUUUUUAGAUAGAUAGAAAGGUUGAUAUCUAUUAUGAACCUAAGUUUUUGUACUUUUGUAAAUCAUAAUGUUAGAAUUACUAGUUAAAAACCCCAUAUUCUCAAUUAUUCCGGGGCUACCACGCUUACAUUUAAUACAAAGUCAUUCCUACGUUAUAUUUACCUAUCAAUACUCCACUUAUUAGGCCUUUAUGCUUGUAUAUAGAGAGGUUAUCUGAUUAAUUCACUUCUACAUUAGUUUACGUUAUAAAUAUCACGAUUUCUUAAUGGUGCACUUAACUAAACCUUCAAAUUCUUAUAUAUUGUGGGUUUAUUAUUUUUUUAACCUUAUAUUCACCUUAAAUAAAUACAAACUCAUUCAAAUGUUAUAUUUACUUAACAAUACUCCACUAAUUAGGCCUGUAUGCUUGUAUAUAGAGAGGUUAUCAUUUUAAUUCACUUCUACUUUAGUCUACGUUAAAAAUAUCACGAUUUCUUAAUGGUAUACAUAACUAAACCUUCAAAUUCUUAUAUAUAGCGGUUUUAUUAUUCUAUUAACCUUAUAUUCACCUUAAAUAAAUACAAAAAUCAUUCUUAUGUUAUAAUUACCUAACAAUACUCCACUAAUUAAGCCUGUAUGGUUGUAUAUAGAGAAUUUACUAGGUUAAUUCAAUUCUACUUUAGUCUACCUUACAAAUAUCACGCUUAUAUAAUGGUAAACUUAACUAAACCUUCAAAUUCUUAUA